GUUCUCCUCUGACCAGACGAAACACGCAGUUCAAAAGUUUAUAUUUCUAUUUUAAUUUUGUUGCAAUUUCUAACAAUAGUAGUAUUAUGUAGUUAGGUAUUUUAUUAUAUUUUAGUUAUUUUGUUAUUUUUGGUUGAUUAUAUCUAGGGAUAUAUCUCUGGGGGUCAUCUUAUCACUUUAUUGCAAUCAAAACAACGUUUAAUUCAAUAUCAAACAUGAGGAAUUUGUCAUAUUGAAUACCUGUAAUCCUCCUAAAUGGGUUAAGUCAUAGAUUAAAAUAUCCUAAAUUCUAGUAACCACAGCAAGAUAAACGAAACAUAGAAUACCACAUUUAUAUAUAUUUUGUCUCUUGAGUAUAUUGCUUUAAUAGCAGCAGUCUUUCCUGGAUUGUCCUUUUUAGCAAAGUCCAUAAAAGUUUUGGGUGUUUCUUUUGGAGAAGAAGAGAAAAGAGGCGCCUUCCUUUGGAAAGCAAGGAGACCAGAGCUGAGGUCAUGAGGUUACGAGGAGUAUCACGUAGUGUGGCUCUGGUGAUCUUCUUGUCUCAGACGAAGUUGUAAGUCAGUCAAUUCUUGUUUAUCAGAAGGUAAUUUAUGUUAAGCGGGGUCUGUGCUGGAACAUGUCCAGAUCCCACGUGCUUUGUACUGUUUGGUUAUUUGACUUUAUUUAUGGUAAACUGGUCAGGACCAACAUUGAAGAUUCUGUGCUUCAAAGAACGGCCAGAUGUUCUCAAUCCAGCUUCAUAAGAUGAUAAGGAGAACAGACAGGAAGCUUAGUCAGAUACUUUGGGCGUUGAGUUGGUCAUUUGUAACUUUUACGAGCUGAUGACUUAAGAUAAGUUCCAGUGGAAUGUCCUUAAGUUAUACUCAUGUGUGUGCAUUCUUUUCGACCAGGUUCUACAGCUACUUCUACAUCAUCAAGGGUAAUUCUUACCGCAGAGUCACCGAUCUGUUGACAGACAGCAGUGCUGUAGUUUACAGCCUUCAUCCCAACUGCCAAGGUGGAGACCACUACAUCUUAGCUUUUGGCAAUUUUUACAUCAUCUUUCAAGAAAAGGGCACUUACCAAAGAACAACUAACAUGAAUCAUGACUGGGAAGCUGUAGAAUACGACCUGCAUCCCAACUAGAGAGAUGGUCUGUAUUACUGGGGCUUGCGAUUCCACUACUACUUCCUCAAGCCGGUCUCAAAGUGGGGAGUUGAAUACUACACUGCAAAAACUGAAAUCUAAGAAAGUUAAAAAAAGCUUAUUUCUAGAAAAUGAGUCUUGUUUUUUGCCAUUAAAGAUAAAUAGUCUUAUAAAACACAUUGCACAUUAGACUAUAAAUCUUAAUCUAAGAAAAUGUAUCUUCUUCGUUCUAGGCAAGUAAAUGUUAACUCAUUUUAAGCAAGAUUUUACUAGAAACAAGUGAUAGCUAUAAAGCCCAAGUAUUGGUGCAUGUUCAGUUAGAUUGUUAUGCUAAUUUUAAGACUGAUACCACCCCUAAAAAUUCUAAUUUCAAGAACCUUGAGAAAGGAUUUUUCUUUUCUUUUUUUUUUUUAAUGAUUGAGUCCAUCAGUUUUUGAAAAUUCAUUUUAAGAAAAAUUGCUUGUGUGAACAAAACACUUGGCUAAAAAGUGGUUUAAUUCUGAUUUAUUUUGUAUCGAAAUAAAAUAAAUAUUGCAAAUGUUGUAUCAACAACAACUUAUUCAACAUUACAGAAUUUUCUGUAGCACAAUCACAUCUAAUCGAUUUCUCCCUGUCAAAACAGACAGCACUUAACACGAGUAUUAAAAUGUCCCCCAAGCAAUAUUCUGGGUUCAUUACAGGUUAUGCUCAAUCAGCAGCAUUUGUUGCAUAACGUAAAUUAUCACAAAAAUAAAUAACUUUCACUUUUUCUUCUUCAAAAAAAGGUUCGAUCAACAUUAUGCUACUGACAGAGCUUAACUUGUAACCCUAACCUAACAUCACAAUGAUAAAUAGAAGAAACAAAUUUGUUAUACGUUUCAAAUAAGUCAAAACACAAAUUUACAGAACACACAAGUUUCUCACACAUUUGAAGCUUUAUGUAAUUCAAUCACAUCUCCAAGGUAAUAUUUCAUAGGGACAUAUGUCAUGUCCUUGUGACUGAAACUGUAAUACGGUGUAAAGUCUACAAGGUCAUCUGCGUUUAUGAGUUCAGUUCCCUCUGCCAGGUUGGGAACCUCAAUUUUAUAAGACAUGUAGACAUUUUCGUCUGACGUGAUACCAAAAAGAGUUGUAGACUCCGUACUCUUAAGUGCAUCCAUCUAGGCGGAAAUCUGGACUACGACUGUGUGCAAAAUUAAUGUGACUCAAUAAAGAUUUAAGAGUAAGAGCCACAAAUACGUAACAAAUGACGCAGCGCCAAAUCAUUUUUCUCCGGUGAAAUAAAAUCAAGAUUUCGUACCUAAACAGCAGACAUAUUGAGUAUAAAAUCGAUGAAAAAUGUCUCUUUUAACCGCAGUUUUAAGUUACAUCUGGAAAACUACUAUUAUUACACGCCAAACCAAACACGUAAAAAAAACCACAGGAAAUUAGAAAACGCGCGUUGAGCAUGCGCAAUGCGCAACAGUGGUUUGACCCUGUGACGCAUUAAGGGGCUUUCACACAGGACGCGGCAUGAGCUGCGCCUGCCGCUGGGUUCAGCGCAGCCCUUCAGAUACAAGGCGAUUUGCGCUAUGCUCGCCAGAGCGAAGUAGGCGGAGUUUUCAACAUUUUUAGCGGGAGUUCUAUAUAUCUAGUCAUUGGAUUGUUGUUCCACCUUUCGGUCAGCAGCAAAACAUGUAUCUGUCCCGUGCUAAGAAGCGAACAAUAGCAGUAGCCCUGUUAGUAAUAAGAAGAAAGAGAGCAGCAAGGAAGAAGAGGCUGUGGGUGCAUGAAACCCUGAGGUCCAGAGAACAGUUUGGGGAAUUCAGGCUUGCAAAGGAGCUCCGUUCUCACAGCGACCGGUUCCAGGUGUACUUUCGGCUCAGUAGGGAGCAGUUCGACAGCUUGUUGAGCAGAGUCGGACCUAGAAUCUCAAGGAUCCAUACAAAUUACAGAGAGCCAGUUUCUUCAAUGGAGCGUCUGGCAAUUUGUCUGAGAUACCUGGCAACUGGUGACUCCUACACCACCAUUGCUUCUAGUUACCGAGUAGGCAUCUCCACUGUGGCAGGCAUUGUGCCAGAUGUGUCCAAGGCCAUUUGGGACAGUCUGGUGGAUGAAUUUCUGCCUGUACCAGAGACUGCUGAUUGGCAGGAGAUCGCCCUUGGCUUCAAGGAGAGGUGGAACUUCCCCAAUUGUGUGGAUGCAAUGGAUGGGAAGCAUGUGGUAAUCCAGGCACCACAUAAUUCAGGUUCCCAGUAUUUUAAUUACAAGGGAACAUACUCUGUUGUACUUCUGGCGGUUGUGGAUGCAAGGUAUCUUUUUAGGGUGGUGGAUGUUGGAGCUUUUGGUCGGAACAGUGAUGGAGAGACCCUUGCUGCCUCCGCUUUUGGACAAGCCCUGUGGGAAGAGAAGCUGCAUCUCCCAGUAGUAGACCGCCUUCGCGCCGCGCAAGCCAUUGAAAUUAAUGGAUUUCAUAGCGCAGCGCAGUGCAUUCCGCGUCCUGUGUGAAAGGGCCUUUAACGUUAAGACGCAUGCGCAAUCAUCGCGCCAAACUGCAGUUAGGAGACGAAGGCACUUCCUCCUCCCGCCAGUUUUUCACCAUGGAUGGACUCGACGAGGUUGCGAUUUCCACUCUUAAAGCUGCUAACAUUGGAGAAGACAUUUUACCAACUCUCUCACGGGAGGAUAUCCGAGAUCUCUUUCCUGGUCCUGAGCACUUCCUGCGGCGCAAAGCCAUUUGGCUUUUGACUCAUAAGGAAGAACAGGGACACAUCAUUGCUGUUGAAGUCCAAGGUUCAUCAGCAGACGACGAACAUACUGACAGUUCAAAACAAGAUGACCCCAGCACUUCAAAGUUUUUAAAGUUACCCAGCCCAGAAUAUGUUCUCUUCACUGACAGUGAACUACAACACACGAGACGCACAUACUUUGAACAGCAGCGUCUUGGAAAAGAGGGUGACGUCACCUUAUCGAAGGAGCUGUUCUGCGGGCUCAUCCGAAAUACCAUGACAAACAUGAUAUCAAUUGCAAGAGCGUCUUCAGAUGACUACAAAUAUCCCACUAAAUAUGAAGUUAUUGCCAUGGGAAAACGGUUAGUGGAAUACUACCCUAUGAUAAAAGAUAAGUCAACUGGAUCUAGGCAUGAGUGGGACACUGUUGCCAAAAAGCUCCUGAAGCGACUUUCAAAUAUCCGAAGUCCCGUGAAGGCCAAACAGCCUCCUUCCAAAAGAGCAUGUCAGGACAGAGAACCUUCUGCUGCAGUGGCAAGCGACUAUGACGCUGAUUCCAGCGCGUCAACAGUCAAUCUGUCACCACCUUCAAGAUCAAGCACCCCACGGCAAGAAACGUUCCGCACAGGAUUUCUAAGUUGCCUAAAAUAACCAGGUGUUGGUUGUUUGCGAUAGGCGCAGCGCAAACAACCAACACCUGGUUAUUUUAGGCAACUUAGAAAUCCUGUGCAGAACGUGUCCCCAGGAAGUGGCACGUCUGGCCAGCUUACUUUAAAAUGUAUUAGUGUAUUUAGUAAAUAACAAUGUUUGGUAAUAUAUGUACGCCUAAUUCUUCCUUAUUUUUAUGUAGAAUACAUUCUCGAAUUGUUGAUUUUGUGCGUCUUGUUCAGUAAUUAUAUUGUAUGGCUAAAUUGUAGCUGAUGGUCCAGACAACAGCCUUGACAGCCAGAAAACCCAGGCAAGACAUUACAGGACUCUGCAAGAAAUGUACAAAGCAAAGAAGCCCAACAAAGCUGCUGUAACCCAUCUAUUAGACCUGGAGUUCCAGUCCAGAAGAAAUUUCAUUGACUCGAAUGCUUUGAAGGAGCAAGACAAACCAACAAAAAUUUUGCAAGCAUACCCCUGCUUCAAAGAACUGGACCAUGCAAUGGAUGAACUGCGGAGAAUCAUUGAGCCAGACAAUUGCCAAUACAUUUCUGAGGUGAAGGGCAGGUGGGAGAACUAACCUACUCCAAGGUUCAGUUUUAUGGAGUUAUGAAGAAAGUCAUGAAGCCUCCAAGGACAUUAAAUGGAGUUGAACAUGCCAUUGCUGUUUUUACUGCCCUGCUGCUGCUCUUCCCAUCUGGCUCUACAGCACCGAAGAAACAGGUCCCAAUCAGUGAGGCUUUUUUUCACGUUCUGACGCCUUCGGAGGAUCCAGAUACCUACAUCCACAGGUGCGCAUUUUCCACUCCUGUCUUGCUGGUUGGUGAGGAGAACUGCAUGGUGGUUGUAGGUACAACCCCAGUUCUAACGUUUGACAAAGACUUGCUCCACGAGGGGCCUCUCUACCUCCUGGCCUAUUAUUAUGCAUUCCAUCUCACAUAUCCAAAGUGUCUUGCAACACUCUUGUCUGUGUUGCAAACACAAGUUCUGAGAGAUGCCAUCCACGAGCAGGAUGCAACCCCCUCAUACAAAAAGGCCAUUCAAGAAUGGAGAAUGUUUGUUGACUAAUUACGGUUUCAAACCUGUUGUAUGUCUGAGGCUGUGAGACAGCUGCAGUGUUUUGUUUUGUUUUUUGUAUUCUUCCAUUUGCACUUGAUUAGUGCUGUUAGUUUUUUCCCCAUUUUCAGUAGUGUUUCAUGUCUCUGACAUACAAUAAUGCAAUACAUUUGAGUAAUUACUGUUUGUAACUUACGGGACUACUGUUUGAGGUUAUAGUGUUUGUCUGUGCCAGUGUUUUGGUUUUUUUUUUGGUUUUUUUUAAAUAAAGUUUUAGUUAGUCAGUCUUGGUGAAUUUUUCAUUUAAUCAUGUGAAAGUUACUGUUGUAAGGAGUCAAAUUAUUUCCCUAUGAAAUUAACUCCUCGUGAAGCCAAAACUCAGGAACUCUCGCAAACACACAUGCCAUGCAACAAAACAAUAAACUUUCUAAUCUGACAGGAAGAUCUGGGAGAAAGACCAUUUGCUCAUCGAUCCUUUCACCCAUUCUUAGGCCCCCUCCUAUCCCCCUGGGCAUAUGGUCCAGGCCACUGAAAGUUGACAUAGAAGUGUUAAGAAGUCAAGUUGCCAGACUUACAAACUGCAUUUAUUAUAUCUUAAGAAUUCAUGAUCUUAACCCCUUCAUGUUUGGUAUCAUUUUAAUAAAAGUUGUGUGCACAAAUUACAUGAGUUUCUGGUUCUGCCUUGCAAAUUAAUGUCUCUUUACGAUUUUGACCCUCGCUACAUGCUCUAAUACAUUAAUAAGUAUUUUCUGUGGUCAAGGAAAUAUCCUUUCUUAGAGUUGAUAUGAACUUACACUGAAUGUUCGCUGGACGAACAG